AUGACCGACGUGAAGACCCAAGACGGGCCGGCGGGAGAGGUCGCCUCCGCCGCCGAGAACACCGCGCCGGACUCCACGGUGGAGCUGAAGCGGAAGAUCACGCUGCUGAACGGCGUCACGAUCAUCGUCGGCACCAUCAUCGGCUCGGGCAUCUUCGUGUCGCCGAAGGGGGUCCUGGAGAACGCCGGAUCGGUGGGGCUCUCGCUGGUGGUGUGGUCGCUGUGCGGGGUGUUCUCCACCGUAGGCGCGCUGUGCUACGCCGAGCUCGGCACCUGCAUCACCAAGUCCGGCGGAGACUACGCCUACAUCCUGGAGGUGUUCGGACCGCUGCCGGCCUUCCUCAGGCUGUGGAUAGCGCUCCUUAUCAUCAGACCGACGUCCCAGGCUAUCGUUGCCCUGACGUUUGCUGAGUACAUCUGCCAGCCCUUCUUCCCCGGAUGUGACCCUCCUGAAGCUGCCGUGCGCAUGCUCGCAGCCGUCUGUCUGACAAUCCUGACGGCGAUAAACUGCGGGAAGGUGCGGUGGGCCACACGGGUGAUGGACCUGUUCACCGCCGCCAAGCUGCUGGCGCUCGCCCUGAUCAUCGGGCUCGGGGUCAUGCAGCUCGCCAAGGGUGAGACGGAGCACCUUCAGCCCGACACGUCCUUCCGCGGCACGUCAGGCUCCGUGGGGGGUAUCGCGCUGGCCUUCUACUCCGGGCUGUUCGCUUACGGGGGCUGGAACUACCUGAACUUCGUGACAGAGGAGAUGAAGAAUCCGUACAGGAACCUACCGCGGGCCAUCGUGAUCUCCCUGCCCCUGGUGACCAUAGUGUACAUCCUGGCUAACGUGGCCUACUUCACCACUCUGUCUCCGGAGGAACUGCUCAAGUCAAACGCCGUGGCCGUGACAUAUGGAGACCGUCUGCUCGGGGUGGCGAACUGGAUUAUUCCCGUCUUCGUCGCCAUGUCAACUUUCGGGGGCGUCAACGGAUCGCUCUUCACGUCAUCACGGUUGUUCUUCGUGGGGGCGCGCGAGGGUCACCUGCCCGACAUCCUGGCGAUGAUCCACGUCAGACGCUUCACUCCCGUCCCCUCACUCAUCUUCACGUGCCUGAUGUCCCUGGUGAUGUUGGUGUCGGGGGACAUCUUCGACCUGAUCAACUACUUCAGCUUCUUCAACUGGCUCUGUGUGGGCAUCGCCAUCAUCGGGCAGCUCAUUCUCCGCGUCAUGAAGCCGGAUAUGCCCCGUCCCGUCAAGGUACACCUCGCCCUCCCAAUCUUCUUCGUCCUGGCCUGCAUGUUCCUGGUCAUCGUGUCCAUCUAUGAGACGCCUAUCCAGUGCCUGGUGGGCUUCGGCAUCAUCCUAUCGGGGCUGCCGGUGUACUUCGUCGGUGUCUGGUGGAAGGCGAAGCCGAAGUGGCUCGUCGAUGGGCUCGACUCAAUGACCCGAACCUUGCAGAAAGCCCUGGAGGUGAUGCCCCAAGAGCAGGUCUCGCACACCCAGGGGUCAACGGAAGGCGGGAAGGGGCCCACAAAGGUCCCGGAUGAUGCAGACGAUCCUGACGAGGGGAUUCAAAAUGGCGGCCCGGAGGCUGACGGAAAUGACGUCAUGAUGCAGAACGUGCUCAACCGGAAGACUGGUAGGAAGGACAGGGAAAGCCCGGAUGCUGAUGACGACGUCUUUCAGAAAAUUGAAACGUAG